CUCCUCUCUGUGAAGACAUCAACCAACCAUGGCUGCCGUUGUGGACCUCCCUUUCAGCCUGCCGUCGGCCCCAUCGGGCCACAAGGCAGCAGGCCCUUCAUCUCUCUCGAAGCCGACUGCAGACACGACGCUUUUGCCCGUCGGUCCUUCUUACAUCGCCCACACGCGCCGCCAGCUUCGUCAGCUAAGCUUUGAGGACGAUGACCAGGCCGAGAAGGAGCGCCUCGAUGCCCUCAAGGCCGCCAACUCGACGGGAGAGGAGGACGUUGAGAUCCCUGACGAGGAAGAGACGCAGGACCUGCUCGAUCGUGAUCCCAAGGAAUGGAAGAGCCAAGACCACUACGCCGUGCUCGGUCUGUCCUCGCUGCGGUACAAGGCGAACCUUGCGCAGAUCAAGACUGCUCACCGCCGCAAGGUGUUGAGGCACCACCCGGACAAGAAGGCCGGUGCUUCUGGCAUGGUCAAUGACGAUGCCUUCUUCAAGUGCAUCUCCAAGGCCUACGAUGUCCUUACGCACCCCGAGAGGCGCCGUCAGUUCGACAGCGUUGACGAAGGUAUUGAUGACGAAGACACGCCCACGGGCAAGGAGCCAGAGUCUAAAUUCAUCGACCUCUGGACGCCGGUGUUCGAGCGCGAGGUGCGCUUCAGCGAGGAGUCCAAGAACGGACCGGCGCCUCCGCUGGGCAACAUGAGCAGCGCCAAGGAGGACGUCAACGCUUUCUACGACUUCUGGUACAACUUUGACAGCUGGAGAAGCUUCGAGUACCUCGACAAGGAGAUCAACGAGGGGAGUGACAACCGCGAUGACAAGCGGUACACGGAGAAGAAGAACCGCAACGACCGUGCGAGGAGAAAGAAGGAGGACAAUGCCCGCCUUCGCAGCAUCGUCGACAAGGCCCUGAGUGUCGACCCGCGCAUCAAGAAGUUCAAGGCCGAGGAGAAGGCGGCUCGCGAGGCCAAGAAGAACAAGGGCAAGGCCGGUGCCAAUGGAGCGACGGCUGGUCCCUCUGCCGAAGAGAAGAAGAAGCAGGAGGAGGAGGAGAAGCGCAAGAAGGAGGAGGCUGCCAAGAAGGAGGAAGAGGAGAAGGCCUCUCGCGCCGACGCAAAGAAGGCCCGUGAAGCAGCCAAGAAGAACGUCAAGAAGCACAAGAAGGUGCUCCGCGAGCUCAUCACCAACAACAACUACUUUGAGCCCGCUGGUACGACCCCCUCGGUCCAGGUCAUCGAGGCCAAGCUCAACGGCCUCGAUGCCAUCUGCACUGCUCUUGCCGACGAGCCCGAAAAGAUCGAAGCGCUGCGCGAGUCGUGCCAGAAGGCCCCCGCCGACAAGAUCCAGGCCGAACUGGCCCAGGUUGCUGGCGAGAAGGGCGUGGCUGCGGGUGCAUUUGCCUAGAGAGGACUUUACAGCAUUGCAAUUUAGAGUCCAGCCAUGUCCUGUCCCUAGAGACCGAUGUGAGGAUUUCUUUUCUACUUUGAGUCCCUGAGAGGUGCGGUGACCCGUUCAGUCUCGACCAUCAUGGCUUUACUUCGUUUCCCCUUCCAUGCUAUCCACGUGUAGAAUACAGAUUUGCAUCUCUAUCAAGUAUUACAGGCUGCCAAUAAGCUAGGAACCACCGAUGCAGCUUUACCUUUCUGUUCAAUUUCUUCCACCGGCCUCGGCUCUCUGCCUCUCGCUCUCCCAGUGCGCCUUGGCAAAGGUAUUUGCGACGAUGAUUGGGAAGAUGAUGGUGGCAUCGCAGUAGACUUUGACCGACUGACCUCCCCUGGCUGCGCUCCGGAUCUUGCCCCAGCUCACGGCCUCGUCGGGUCUUGCGCCGCUGUCGGACCCAUCAAACUCUUGGCCCGUAUUGAUAUAGACGGCAUAGUCUGCCCCGUU